AUGGCUGCUUGGACGACCUCAUCAAGUGCGGCGAGCGUCAGGGGGCACCGGAGGAGUGGUCAAGUUUUGCUGCGUGUUCUGGAGGUGGUACUGGUGCUGGCGCUCCUGCUUCCCGCAACGCACUCCAGUGCGUCACUCGCAGCGAAAGCGGUGGACGAACAUCCUGUCACGGCGCAUGAGGAUACGCACGGUCAGUCAGCACGGCUGGCGAGCGCAGCAGUAAAGGCGGCGUUGGAUGUGACGGAAUCGGCCGCGCAUGUGCCACGCAAGCAGAUGGUGCGCGAGAUGAACGAGCAGAACUGGUACCUCCUCGAUGGCGAUCAGUUGAUCCCUAGAGACGGCAAGAAGGUCGCACAUCCGCGCCAGCGGCGCAAAGCCCCACUAACGGGGACCCGUGAGGAAACCCUCGAAUGCGGGUCGUCACCGACACGAGCAGCACAGACCCGCCUCCGCCAGGGUCUGGAUUCAACACCGGCUGGUGACCAUCACCGUGGCCACGCCACAGUUCACGCACCACAGAAUGCAGCUCUCUUGAGGAAGCGCUACUGUCGUACCGAACGUCAUGCACCAGUCACCUCCUCGCACAGGAAACACAAGGCACUGGCAGACGGAGCUGUCGACAAUGCGGCCGUAACAUACACUGACGCGGAGCCGCCCCGCAUCCCUCUCGACUCCCUCCGUCUUGUGAUCCGGUUUGAGGAUGAGGCUGCCGACGAGGACCACGUCGAAGUCCACAAGCACGGCGUCGGAAAGCAUGCCUCGCCACAGUGUAGAACACCACAUCACAGCCGGCGGUCGCGGGCGCAUUCGGCUCGUGUUCAUAGGAGAGGCGGCUUGCACCGGUGCUGGCACGCUGGUCGCAUCCUUGUGAACCGAGGUCAUGGUUUCUCGGUGCUCCUAAGACAGCCAGAACCGGGUGUGCGCACCCUAGCCGCAGCACCGCAGCCGGUCAUUGAAGUAGCGGAUGUGGAGCACGGGGUCAUCGAGCGUCGCAGCGAUGGCGGCGCCGCCGCGCUCGUGUCGGCUGAUGCCAAGAGCGUCACACCUACAACGCUGUCGGAAGAAGAUCUGCGGCGUCGCUGCCUCGUGGCUAACAGCCGGGACUCGAAGGCGGCUCUCAUGACGGCGCUGCAGGAGGGCAGGUUGCGCGAGGACUGCCUGAUCGUGGCCGCCGAAGUAGGCAACGACAUCCCGAGUAACGGGAACAGCGCGAAGGGCGCCGUGGCGAUGAUGUCGCUGUUUGUGUCGACCCUCGUUGGAGCUUUUCUCCUCGCCUUUUGA